AUGCCUCGAAUCGAUUCGAAUCGAUUCGAAUCGAUUCGAAUCGAUUCGAAUCGGCUCGAAUCGACUCGAAUCGGCUCGAAUCGGCUCGAAUCGACUCGAAUCGACUCGAAUCGACUCGAAUCGACUCGAAUCGACUCGAAUCGACUCGAAUCGGAUCGAAUCGACUCGAAUAACCACCCAGACUCGAAUAACCACCCAGAAAAAUUAAAAAAAUGCCUCGAAUCGAUUCGAAUCGAUUCGAAUCGAUUCGAAUCGAUUCGAAUCGAUUCGAAUCGGCUCGAAUCGACUCGAAUCGGCUCGAAUCGGCUCGAAUCGACUCGAAUCGACUCGAAUCGACUCGAAUCGACUCGAAUCGGAUCGAAUCGACUCGAAUAA